AUAAAAAUGAUUUUUUUCUCAAUCCCACCGCAAGAGAAAAACGAAAAUUCGCAUUCGCAUUGUUUCCUCCUACCUUUGACUUCUUCUUCUUCAACCUCUCGCCUGAAUCGCGAUCCUCGGCUGUCCUAACUUCUCGAUGUCGAUGUCGAUGUCGAUGUCGUCGUCGUCGUCGUCGUCUUCCUCCACGCUCCCGACCUCCUCCAACCCCCACUCCCAAUCCGCCUCCGCCGCCUCCGCCGUCGCGUCCCUCCGCGCCUUCCUCUCCCGCCUCUCCUCCUCCGCCCGCCGCGCCCUCUCCGGCCGCCGCCCCUGGGCCGAGCUCCUCGACCGCUCCGCCUUCUCCCGCCCGCAGUCCGUCUCCGACGCCGCCUCCCGCGUCCGCCGCAACGCCUCCUACUUCCGCGUCAACUACCUCGCCCUCCUCGCCCUCGUCCUCGCCCUCUCCCUCCUCUCCCACCCCUUCUCCCUCCUCACCCUCCUCUCCCUCCUCGCCGCCUGGCUCCUCCUCUACGCCUUCCGCCCCGCCGACCAGCCCCUCGUCCUCCUCGGCCGCGCCUUCUCCGACCGCGAGACCCUCGCCGCCCUCUCCCUCCUCACCGUCGUCGUCGUCUUCCUCACCAGCGUCGGGUCCCUCCUCGUCUCGGCCUCCAUGGUCGGCCUGGCCAUCGUCGCGGCGCACGGCGCGUUCCGGGAUCCCGAGGAUCUGUUCAUGGACGAGCAGGAUCCCGCCGGCUCCGGCCUCUUCUCCUACAUCGGCGGCGCUGCCUCCGCCGCUGCGGCGGCUCCUUCCUUGGCCUCGCGUGUCUGAAUACUUCUCCUGACUAGAUUUACAGCAACUGAUACAAUGAGAAGCUGACCAAUGCAGUUAACACGGCAUCCAAUGUGCAUCAAGGAAAUAAAACUGACCAGUGGCCAGAACCAUUCACUUGUGGGAACUUUCCGGUGCACAUUUCUGAAGUCUACAAGCAUUGCGACAGUCUACUGUAAAACCAUCUUAUUCCUAUUUUUUAACCCACCUCCAUGAGGAGUCAACUUCGUUUUACCAUCCUUGGAGACUACAGAGAAUUUGCAAAGGCAAUUGAUAUCGCGAAGGCGACCUAAUUUACCAAGGUCGCCACUUAGAAAUGGUGUCCAAAUGGUGUCCAUAACUUGGAGGCACGCACUUAUUUAAUUUCUAUUUGAAGGCCUUAUGAAGUGGUGGACAUGGCAAACUUGCUAAUUAGUGAUUGAUGUAUGGAAAAUUUUUAAGAAUAUCAUCGGAAAUAAAGUAGUGUUCUAGCAAA